GAGUCAGGUGCUCGCUGGCGGGAAGCGAGCGAAGGAGGGGACACCGAGCUCCGGCACAAGGGGAGAGCCCGGAACCACCGGCUCCUUCCAGCACUAACGAGGGGAUUUACUCUUUCAUGCGGCCACUGGGAUCUCUGGACUAGCCCAGCCACCACGUUGUGAUUUUUUGCUAUCUCUGCAACACGCUACCUUUUAAGGUCAAGAUGUUGUUAAGUAUAAAAAGUAUCUUAUGGAUGUACUCUACAUUAGUUAUAACAUAUAUGCUACCUAAAGUUAAAGCAGAAAAAAAAACCCUGGUCAAGGGAUCUCUCUCUGGAACUUCAGUCCUGCCAUGCUUCUUUUCAACCACACCCACCAUCUCCUCCAGCUACGCCGCCGAGUACCUCCGGAUCAAAUGGUCCAAGGUGGAACUGGACAAAAGCGGGAAGGACGCCAAGGAAACCACGGUCCUGGUGGCCCAAAACGGCAACAUCAAGAUAGGCCAGAGCUACAAGGACAGGGUGUCUGUCCCCAGCCAUUCUGAGGAGAGCGGGGAUGCCUCGCUGACCUUCUCCAAGCUGCGCGCCAGCGACGCCGGGGUCUAUCGCUGCGACGUCAUGUACGGAGUGGAGGACACGCAGGGCAUCGUCUCUCUGGCUGUUGAGGGUGUUGUGUUUCACUACCGGGCUGCCACGAGCAGGUACACCCUGAAUUUCACACAGGCCCACCAGACCUGCCGGGACAAUGGUGCUGUCAUGGCCAGCCCAGAGCAGCUGAAAGCAGCCUAUGAGGAUGGGUUUGAGCAGUGUGAUGCUGGAUGGGUGUCUGACCAGACUGUCAGGUAUCCAAUUAGACAUCCAAGAGUUGGCUGCUUUGGAGAUAAGAUGGGAAAGAAAGGAGUCAGGACCUAUGGGCGCCGCUUCCCUAACGAGACUUACGAUGUUUAUUGCUAUGUGGAGCACAUGGAAGAUGAAGUGGUCCACGUCUCAGCCCCCCAGAAGUUCACCUUCGAGGAAGCUAGGGAGCUGUGUGAGGAGCGAGGAGGUGUCCUGGCUUCCGUGGGGAACCUCUACGUGGCCUGGAGGAAUGGCUUUGACCAGUGUGACUACGGCUGGCUGGCGGACGGCAGCGUCCGCUACCCGGCCUCGGUGGCGCGGCCCCAGUGCGGCGGGGGCUUGCUUGGGGUGAGAACCCUGUAUCGCUAUGAGAACCAAACAGGCUUCCCUUACCCCGAUAGCAAGUUUGAUGCCUACUGCUAUGAACGUCAAGAUCCCUGCAAGAGCAACCCCUGCCUCAAUGGUGGUACCUGCUACCCUCGUGGUUCCUUCUACAUCUGUACCUGCCUGCCAGGUUUCAACGGGGAGCAGUGUGAAUUGGAUAUCGAUGAGUGCCAGUCCAACCCGUGCCGGAACGGAGCCACGUGCAUCGACAGCCUCAACACCUUCACCUGCCUGUGCCUGCCCAGCUACGUUGGGGCUCUCUGUGAGCAAGACACGGAGACCUGUGACUACGGCUGGCACAAGUUCCAGGGUCAGUGCUACAAGUACUUUGCGCACCGGCGCACGUGGGACACGGCGGAGCGGGAGUGCCGCCUGCAGGGAGCGCACCUGACCAGCAUCCUGUCCCACGAGGAGCAGAUCUUCGUCAACCGUAUUGGCCAUGACUACCAGUGGAUUGGCCUCAAUGACAAGAUGUUUGAGCGUGACUUCCGCUGGACUGAUGGUAGCCCACUGCAAUAUGAGAACUGGAGACCAAACCAGCCAGACAGCUUCUUUUCUGCUGGGGAAGACUGUGUUGUUAUAAUCUGGCAUGAGAACGGGCAGUGGAAUGAUGUCCCAUGCAAUUACCACCUCACUUAUACCUGCAAGAAAGGAACAGUGGCUUGUGGCCAGCCUCCCGUGGUGGAAAAUGCAAAGACCUUUGGGAAGAUGAAGCCUCGUUAUGAGAUCAACUCCCUCAUCAGAUACCACUGCAAGGAUGGCUUCAUCCAGCGCCACAUCCCGACCAUCCGCUGCCAGGGGAACGGACGAUGGGAUAUGCCCAAAAUUACUUGCAUGAAUCCCUCCACAUACCAAAGGACUUACUCUAAGAAAUACUACUACAAACACUCCUCAUCAGGCAAGGGGACGUCGUUAAACUCGUCCAAGCACUACCACCGCUGGAUCAGGACGUGGCAGGACUCGAGGCGCUGAGAGCUAAAUGGUGAAUUGGGGAUUUCCACCAUUUCAGCCAAAGUCAUAACUUUCUGUGCCUUUUUCUAUCACUUAUAGGAGUAUUAUCGAAUCGUUUUGAAACUACGGACUGCAGUAUUCACGGCGCGUUUUUGCAAAAAAAAAAAAAAAAAAAAAGGAAAAAAAUUUAAAAAAUUGCGGUGUUUAUCAGAAAAUUUAAGAAAUAAAUAAAAAAGAGGAGAAGUGCUUAUGGGGAUAAAAGGAAACCAUUUCCAGCCUAUAAAAGAUUAUUAGUUUUCUAUAUGCCAUCGGUGUGGACCAUUUUAUGAUAUGUACCAGCCUUCUGCAAUAUUUAAACAGCUCAAUUUUAGCACCAAUGAAAAUGUAAAUAAGAUGAUUUUAAUGUUGUUCGACUGUGUGUUGUUUUUAAAAUCCUGUAUAUAAAAUGAAAAGUCACACUAAUUUCAGGCAUAUUUAUGGUUAGAAUGGCCUCAGAGGUCUUCAGUCAUUUAUGACGUUGUUUCUGUGUUGUUUACCUAGGCUGGAAAUGGUUGAAAUAAAGACUUCACUGACUGAAAUUUGCAAUUAUCAGGUGAAGAUAAACACACA